CAUUUCUGUUCCGAACCGAACUAUCGGAGAAAAAUGGCGGUGUGGAGUAGCAUUUUGCGUGCUGCAAGGCAAAAAUUGUUGCAGAACAGCAGCAACACAACAGCACUGAUAAAGAAUGGACAAGCAAGAUGCAUGUCAGAAGAACGGACGUUUAUCAUACGACCGAGUUCCUUUCAGUGGCACAAAACAAAAGAUUAUUUCCACUUGUACUUUUUACUUGGUGCUAUUCCCGUGCUCACCGGGAUCACCCUAGUUAACGUAUUUGUUGGUCCUGCCACACUUCAAGAAAUCCCUGAGGAUUAUGUUCCAAAGGAAUGGGAAUAUCUUCGGCAUCCAAUUCAAAGAUUCCUUCAACGUUACUUCUUCCCGUCGCCGCAACAGGAAUACGAGAAAUAUCUCCAUCAAAUAUAUCACGAGAGCCAACUCAGAAAAGUUAGGCUUCUUGAACAGCAGGUGAACAUCGCAAUGGGCACUCGUCGCGAUUACAGAAGUUCAUACUUCCGGGAGUUCUACGGCGCCAAGUAUCUUCACCACUACAAAUCAUAUUUUGAUAAAUAUAAUCCUUCCGAUUGAUUUUGCUUGCAACAGUUAAUUUUAAUUUAAAAGUUCUGUGAGAGCUGGGGAAAAUUAUUCGAUCAGGUGUAGAUACAUAAAUAAUUACGUGCUUUUGGUUAAUUUAUGCUGCGGAGUAAACCCUACGCGGUGUCAAAUCUGGUGAUAAAUAUAUCGCAUUGUACAGUUACUAUAUAGUUAAUAAA